AUGCUAGAGGAGAUUCCUACCAUUUUGAACCGGGAUGAGACAGAGACAGAGUCGCAGUUCCACUGGUUCCAUGUGCUGGGUCCUUCUGACCCUCUGAGUGUUCAGCUUGGUGGCUCAGUGAUGUUACCCUGCUAUGUUGAAACUCCUCUACCGAUGGAUGAGCUGGAAGUGGAGUGGAAGAGAACAGACACUUUAGUUCAUUUGUGGCAGAAUGGACAAAGUCAAUCAGAGAUUCAGAACCAGGAUUAUAGAGAACGAGCACAUUUCUUCUCUGAGGAGGUCAAACAUGGAAACUUCUCACCCUUACUUACUGUAACCAGUAAAGAUGCAGGAGUUUACAGAUGUGUAGUUCAUACAGAGAAGGAAUCUAAUGAAGCUUCAAUUGAAGUAAAGGCACCAGAACAUUUUACAUUGAGCUCUUUCUAACAAUUCUUCUUUCAGAUCAUCUGAUUGUAACUGGACAUCACACUGAAUUGCUCAAUCAAAUCUCAUUUACCACUAGAACAGAUAGAACAGAUUGAGUGGAGGAAAGUGGAUGAAAGCAUCUUAGUUCUGCUGUAUGUAAAUGGUGAGGUUCUGACAGACUCCAGUGAUGAGAGAUACAGAGACAGAGUUGAGCUCUUCAGCAAUGAAGAAGUUCAGAAAAGAAACUUCUCACUGAGACUGAAGAACAUCAGAACUGAGGACAAAGGGCUGUUCAUGUGUGUAGCGUUUCAUGGAGAUUUAUCAGCUAACACCACUGUGGAAGUGCAGCAGCUUGGUUUUUCCUCUUUACAUUAUGGGAUUCUUUUCUUGUGUGUAGUUGCAUUAGUCUCACUGUUGUUGAGCUGCUCAGCAUGUAUUUCUAUAAACAAUAAUGAAAUAUAUUUUGAACAACCAAAUAAUGAUUUCAUAAUGCUGCUAAAUUACUCCCUUAAAGAACUGAACAACUGGUUUCGAGUGAUGAUGAUUGUUCUCUAUUAUGAACGUAAUCCUGCCUGA